AUGGACGACGCGCACCACCACCUCCGCCCGCGCCACGCCGCCGGGGGCCGCGUGGUCCGCGUCCGCUUCGCCGAUUCCGACGCCACCGAUUCUGACUCCGACGAAUGCCACCGCCAGCGCCACCGCCUCCUCCACCAGAUCGGCCAGCCGCUCCCCUCGUCCCCCGCCCCGAAAAGGAACCGCCUUGGCGACCGGCCGUUCCGCGGCGUGCGGCGGCGGCCGUGGGGCAAGUACGCGGCGGAGAUCCGCGACCCGGGGCUCGCGGGGAAGCGCCGCUGGCUCGGCACCUUCGACACCGCCGAGGAGGCCGCCGCCGUCUACGACGCCGCCGCGCUCCGCAUCCGCGGCCGCCACGCCGUCACCAACUUCCCCUCCUCCCCCGGCGCCGUCGCGCCGGCGCCUGCCCUCGCCGCUCCUCCCGCUCCGUCCCCGGCACCUGAGGCCGAGACCUCCUCGGCGUCCACGGUGGUCGACGCCGGCGCUGGCGGCGACGACGAGGUCACCGGGGUGCCGCCGCCACCGCCGUCGUGGUUCGGGGAGGGCGGCCCGCAGGAGCUCUUGGACUUCGGCCUGCCCCCCGCGGCGGCGAAGCGGGGCCAGUGGGAGGAGGAGUUCGGCGAUCUGGGUGACCUCGACCACCUCUUCGACCUGCCUCUCUGA